AGAGCCGUAACCUAACUACUACAAGGUUGUUGCUCGAUUCUGUGAACUAAAUUUCCGCUACAAGAUUACUCUGUUCUUCUUCUAAAAUUUCUCAAUUUUUUGACCUAACUUUCAACCAUUCUCUCGGUUGAAAUUUUUUCUUUCUCCUCUACAAUGGCAACUUCAUCUUCUACUUCGUCUUCUACGUCCUCUGCUUUGACUGAAGUAGUGGCUCAGCCUCGUGUUAAAACUCGGCGCACAAUAUCGCCGUAUGACUUAACAUCCAGUGAUAAUCCAGGAACUUUAAUCUCAAAACCUUUGCUGUGUGGCCCUAAUUAUGAUGAACGGGCAAAUAAUCUCCGACUUGCACUCAAAGCAAGGAAGAAAUUCGGGUUUGUCGAUGGAACUAUACCACAGCCUCCAGAAGACGCCGCCGAUUAUGAGGACUGGAUUGCAAACAAUGCUCUUGUAAUCUCCUGGAUCCGUUUAACUAUUGAAGAGAAUCUCUCCUCGUCUGUGUCUCAUAUUCAUGAUUCAAGUGAGCUCUGGACGCAUAUACAGAAGAGGUUCGGUGUGAAGAAUGGCCAAAGAGUACAACGCUUAAAAACAGAAUUGGCAAACUGUCGGCAAAAAGGGCUUCCAAUCGAGACUUAUUACGGGAAACUCACACAGCUUUGGGGUAGUUUGGCGGAUUAUCAGCGAGCCAAAACCAUGGAAGAAGUGAGAAAGGAGCGUGAGGAAGACAAGUUACAUCAAUUCCUCAUGGGCCUUGACGACGCCUUGUACGGAGCUGUGAAAUCAAACUUGUUGUCUCGAGUGCCUCUGCCUAGUCUUGAGGAAGCGUAUAAUGCGUUGUGUUUAGAUGAGGAAUCCAAAAAUUUGAGCCGUGACAAUGAAGUGAGAGCAGACGGGGUUAGCUUUGCAGUUCAAGCAAAUUUGCAUCGGAAAGUGUUUGAAAACAGAGGCAGCUCUGUUUCCUGCACAACUUGUGGCCGCACCGGUCACAUUGCUGACAAUUGUUUCCGAAAAAUCGGAUACCCUGACUGGUGGGUGGAGAAUCCAAAACAGAACUCAAAUUUUUGAAAUAAAUCGAGUAACCAGUC